GCCAGGAUCUGGCCCCAUUUGGAUGGAUGACGUUGCCUGCAAUGGCUCUGAGUCUGCACUGUCUGAUUGCACACAUUCAGGAUGGAAAGAACAUAACUGUUUUCACAGUGAGGACGCCGGAGUUACAUGCUCAGGACCUAUUCGGCUUGUUGGAGGAGACAAUGACUGCUCAGGUCAUGUGGAGAUCCAUGAUGGAAAACAGUGGAAACCUGUCUGUGACUCACACUUUGGUCCCAAAGCUGCUGAUGUUGUCUGCAGGGAUUUGCUGUGUGGCAAAGCCCUGCUGUUACCCAGAGCAACUCCUUUGGAUGAAGAAGUCAGUCCCAUCUGUGACAGAGAUCUGCAGUAUGUGAUGAAUGCAUCUGUCCUCACCUCCUGCCUCAAGGAAUCCUCCAUCAACCAGUCCUGCUCCCACCCAAAUGGCACUCAUAUCACCUGCACAAAAUACACAGGGUUCAGGCUGGCGAACAGCAGCACGGCGUGUGCAGGCAGGGUGGAGGUGCAGGUGAUGGGGACCUGGGGCACCCUCUGUGCCUCCCGCUGGGACCUCUCGGACGCCCAUGUUCUCUGUCAUCACCUUGGCUGUGGGUUCGCAGAGGUCAUUCCUAAAGGAGGGCGUUUUGGGGGAGGAACCGGCCCUGUCUGGAGUGACUCGUUCCACUGUGAUGGGAGUGAAGCCCACCUGGCUCAGUGCCCAGUGACCGUCCUGGGGGCCACGCCGUGCUCUCAUGAAAAUGAUGCCGCUGUCAUUUGCUCGGGCCUCGUUCGCCCCACGUCCCUGCGGCUGGUGGGCGGAGGGAGCCGGUGUGAUGGGCGCGUGGAGAUCUUCCAGCACAGCACAUGGGGCAGAGUCCUGGAUGACCAGUGGGACCUGGAGGAAGCCAGAGUGGUGUGCCGGCAGCUGCGCUGCGGGGAGGCGGAGGCAGCCUACAUCCCUCUGAGAGCCCAGCGAGGGAUGGGUGCCGUGGGGCUGCGUGGGGUGCGGUGUGCAGGGCACGAGGCCGGCCUGAACCUCUGCAACACCUCCCUGCCAGAGGCCACGGGCGUCAUGGAGGACGUGGGGGCCGUGUGCCGGGGGAGCCGACGGGUCCGACUGGCAGAUGGGGCCGGGCGCUGUGCAGGAAGAGUGGAGAUCUACUACCAGGGCCAAUGGGGCACGGUCUGCGAUGACGCUUGGGACAUGGCUGACGCUGAUGUUGUCUGCCGCCAGCUGAGCUGCGGGUGGGCUGUGGAGGCGGCCGGCUCCGCUCGGUUUGGGGAGGGCUCCGGGCAGAUCUGGAUAGAUGACGUAAACUGCUCCGGGACUGAAGCUGCUCUCUGGGACUGUCGUGUCCAGGGAUGGGGACAGCAUGACUGUGGGCACAAGGAGGACGCGGGAGUCAUCUGCUCAGAGUUCAUGGCCUUGAGGCUGGAGAACAACGAUGGCUGCUCCGGGCGCCUGCAGGUUUUCUAUAACGGGACGUGGGGCAGUGUUUGUUCCAACUCGAUGACUCCUCACACGGUGCCAUUGGUGUGUAAGCAGCUGGGCUGUGGGGACAGUGGGACCGUGGAAAUGAACUCGCGCUACGAUAAGCUUUCUGGCACUGCAUGGCUGGAUCGUAUCGAGUGUGGGAAGAGCAAUAGCACCUUCUGGCAGUGUCCUUCUGCGCCCUGGGACCCACAGUCAUGUGAUGAUCUGCGAGACGAGACCAACAUCACCUGCAGUGGGAGACAGCCAGGAAGGCCUCUGGUGGCAGCAUGCCCCAACUCCACCAGUUGCACAGACAGGGAGAAGAUCUGUGCUGUGGGAGGCAAGGACAGAUGCUCAGGCAGAGUGGAGGUCUGGCACCACGGCUCCUGGGGCACAGUGUGCGAUGACUCGUGGGACAUGCAGGACGCUGAGGUGGUGUGCCGGCAGCUGGGCUGUGGCCCUGCAGUGUCUGCCCUGGCUGAGGCUCCAUUUGGGGAGGGUACAGGACUCAUCUGGCUGGAGCAAGUGGAGUGCAAAGGGACGGAGCUGUCGCUGCAGGACUGCUGGGCCCGGCCUGGAGACAGUGGUGUCUGCCGGCAUAAGGAAGAUGUUGGAGUGCAUUGCUUAGACUAUCCAAUUGGCAGAGGGAGAGUCUCCGUGCCUGUUGUCAUUUGCAUUAUCCUGGGGGCUCUUCUCUGCCUGCUCCUGGCUCUCCUGGCUGGGCAGGUGCAAAGUGGCAAGGCUCAGCGCAGAGGCUCCAGGAGAGCUGAGGAGCCCUUCCCUGAGGCUGUGUAUGAGGAGAUCAGAUACAACCCUGCAUGGAACAAGCAGACAGUGUUCGAUCACUCAGAUAUUGCUAUCCUGCCCAGAGGUGAUCAAGAAGAUGGCUAUGAUGAUGCCAAGGAUGUUUCUGAACCUGAGAAUAAUCCUGUCUCUGGGCAGGGGCACUGUGAGGUGCCCAGGACACGAGAGGAGGGAGAAGAGCCCAGGAAUGCAGUCAGAGGGGUGAGUCUGCACUCCCAGAGAAGUACUGGAGGCUCUAGAGUAGAUGGAGAUACCUUGUCCUUGUUCCUGAGGAGCACAGACUAUGAUGAUGUUGAAGAGGUGUCUCUGGCACAUCCCCAUGGGGAUAUGAGCACUGUGACACUGGAGUGGGACACAAAAGGAUCCCUGAGCCCCAGGCAAGGAGACCCCAUCUCUGCCAUGAACUUUAGUGCGGCUGCAAGGGAAGAGAAGUUGGUGCUGCUUGGAGAGCUGUGAGGUCCCUUUUGCCAUGGGCACCAGUA